AUGAACUCAGACUUGAGUCACUUGAGCUCAGUCCUUCCAUUACUUUUGGAAUCAGUUUUUGUGCCUUUUUCCCUGGUUGUGGUUGUGAUUGACCAGAAUCAUAGCUUUAUAGAGAACUCUCUGCUCAGGAGUUAUCUCCCUCGAUGGAGGAAUAGGAAGAUUAGGCAAUAUGUCUACGUGUGUUUGUUUGUAAUGGCAUUGAGUAUAAUGUACAUGAAGCACCUCUCUGUAAACUUGGAACUUUGUAUAUUGACAUUCAUUACAAUGAUAAUACCCCUGUCAUUCUGGUUUCCAAGCAAGUCAAAGACUGACAUUGUGUCUGACAAAUGUGUUGGGACCCCAAAAGUACCAGUCUCUAACAAGUCAGUGGGUGGGUCCCCAGUAACACACAUGGAUCAGACAACCAGUGCCUCCACCUGCUGUAGGGCUGGGAUAACUAAGUACCUGUUUCCCCUGUCUUCCUCCUCACCAGAGCCUCAAUCUGAGGUGAAUAUUGAGGAGGAGCUGAGGAGGUCCUAUGUGGAGGCCUUUAGGGAACUGUUUGAUGAGGGGGAGGUAACUCAAGAGGAGCUUGUCACUGCCUUACAGUAUCUCAACACACUCAAGGGAGGGAUAACCGCCCACAGAAGUGCUGAAAAGUUGACAGAUGCAGUAGACCAUAUCAAGAGUAUGGGAGGACAGAGGUCACGGCUGGAUGACUCUGGGCUUCCACAAGAUUAUACAUACGAGGAACUCCGACACAUUGUGGUAGAUGGUAAUGGAUAUUCCCUGGAAGACUUUGAGAGAGUGUUGGAGAAGUGGUUAGAGAACAACCGUUUUCUCCCUUCUCCUGAGGAGUUUGUUGAUAUCCACCAUGACAUGAAAGGUAUAGUGCAACUGGAGAGAGAGGUGGCAGAGACAAAGAGGGAGGUGGAGGAGACUCGUCACGAGAUGGAGGAGACUCGUCAUGAGAUGGAGGAGACUCUGAGGGUGGUGGAGGAAACCACACAGGAAGUGAUGGAAUCCCAACAGAAGGUCUCGUCACUCAGAGAGAGGCUGCAGCAGAAGGAGAGGAUCAUCCUACAGAAGGAUCAAGUCUUACAACAGAAGGAUCAAGUCUUACAACAGAAAGACAGACUCCUUGAUCAGGAGAGACAGAGGAACAGAAUCCUGGAGGAGAGAAGUCAUCAGCUCUCUGAGGGGAAGUGGCAGAGGAGGGUGUGUGAGUUGGAGGAGGAAAUCUGUCGACUGUCCGCCCAGUCUGACCGCGCCAAGUGUAAGAUCUGUCAUGUGAAGGAAGUCCAGGUGUUCUUUACUUCCUGUAAUCACCUGGUCUCCUGUCAGGGAUGUGUGGACAGUCUGCCAGAGAAAGUGUGUCCUUUGUGUAGGACACCCAUUAAAGGAACAGUCACAAUGUUCUUUGCAUAGAAACUAUGCAACAUGUAGAUCUGUGAUUUUGGCAGCUGUUACCUGUACUGGUAGUCAUGUAUAUAUGUACAUAUAACUAUGUGUAUCAUAUUCAUUGAAUUGGGUUGAAUUCUUGUGACAAACCUUUCCCCAACUAACAUUUUAAUUUACAGUACUUGGAGACUGAUGCAUAUCUUAUCAAAUGAUAUUAGUCCAAUUGUUAGAUGUUAACAUAAUUCUUUUUGACUUAAAGUUUUUGUAACAAUACAAUAUUUUAUGAUUUAGUUAGGAUAUUUUCCUAGUUCAGAUUUUUAUUUUUCUAUGAA